UCAAGGGAAAAAAUGAGGGAUAUGUGAAUUUCUAUAGUAUAUUAUAGGAAUAAUUUAAUGGAUGUAAUAUAUAAAAAUUUAUAAAUAAGAGAGUAAAUUUGUAAGGGCCAUUUUUUUCUGUCAUUGCCUGCUAUAUUCUUUACAGAAUGAAUUUGAUAAUCCUCGAAUGUUUAUUUUGAGGAUAUGCUAAAAAUGUUUUUAAUAAUUUUUAAAAGUGAAAUCAAAAUAAUGUUCUGCUAAGUCUCUUUAGCCCAUUUUUUCAAUCCUACAUUUUCAUUAUGUUCAGUUCUCUCCCGAGCGCCAGCAAAAUCUAUCAGAAUUCAGUCAAACCCCGGCAAAAGAGUGCUUCUAGUGUUAAAAAAAGACGAAAAAAAGUACAUACCGGCCCAAACCAACCUGCUAGUAUUUUGGAUGAUUCGGUAGUGUCGCUUGUGAAUUGCGAUCAAGAAUCUUUUGGUGUAUCAAAUGAUUUUAUUAAUAACCAGAAAGAUUUGUGUGACAAUAGGAUUCAUAGCUGGAAACGAGAAAAUUCCUCUCCCGAGAUGAGUCAUAAUUCUGUGGAAACUUGUGAGAUAAGUUCAAGAAGUACUAAUACAAUGCCUGAUCAAAUCAAUCACGUAGACAGUCAAAUGAAAGAAAUGCAUAGUAGAAAGCUGUCUAUGGAUUUGGGUUGUAUACAAAAUGAUGUAUUACCCAAACAAUUGAAUGAAAAUGAACAGCAUAAUCAAUUUGAAUCAAAUGUUGAAGAAAAUUUUGCAGUAAAUGAUCCAUCUGUUAUGCAUGAGAAACUUCAAGAAGAAUUUGAAGUAGCGCUAAUUCCUGAAAUCCUUCAUGCUGAUUCCAAUCUACAGGAUUUAUCUUGUAAUGAAUCUAUUGAAUUUGAUCAAACAAAUGAAAAAGAGGAUCUUGAAACAACAUUGAAAGAAGUAGAAGCUUCAAUUGACUAUGAAUCUUCAAAAGAGCUGUCUAAUAAGGUGGCACAAAUGAAUGAAACAGCUGAUGAAAACUUCAUUCAUCCUGAGGAUUUUGAAUCAAACUUAUCCUCUCAGUCCUCAGAAAGACAGCAUUUUAUAAAUCAAAAUAUUACAGAAAGUUCAAAUAUUGAUAGUGCUGCUGCUAUACAUAAUAUUAUCUAUAAAGAAAAUAAUGAUACAUACACUCCUGAAGUUGAAAAUGCUAUCAAAACACUCAAUUUGGAUAUUUGUCACACUGAAAGUUCAAAUAAUAUUAAUGAUGUUAUCUGUACCAACUAUAAGGAAAAUACAGAUUCUGCUACUGUCAAUGAUUCUGAAUCUCAGCUGAAUAUCACACCAGCUAACCCUGAUAUAAAUGGUAACUGCUUUAUUGAUAACAAUACCAACAAUUCAGAAGAAAUUGAUGAAUCCUGGAGGAAUGCUGAUUCUUGUGAUUCAAAUAAUCCAGAUAUUGAAGUCUCUGUAACAAGGACAAAUAGUGGUUCUAUUAAAGGCCAAAUAGAAUUCUGCAUGAGGACUCAAUCACCUGAACAAAGUGAAUUAAGUUACACUGAAAGUAUGCUGUGUGAAGCUAAAGACUGUCAUCAAGAAAUUUUGCCUCCUGAAAAAAUCUUUUCCAAUUCUGCUGAAAAAUCAGAAGAUUUCAUUUUAUUACCUGAGAAGAUAAAAGAUUUUAAUAUCAAGAAUUCUUCUAAUAUCAGUCAAAGCUUUUCUGAUCUUUUACAGAAACAUUCUCAAACUGCAGUAUCUAGUCGCUGUUCUUCAUUACCUGAUGAUUUACAUUUGUCAAAAAAGUUUAUGGAUAAGCAUUCUCAAUCGGUAGUUUCCACAUUUGUGGACAAAGCAACUUUAACAGCUGACCUAGAAUGUGAUAACAAUAAUGAAGAAAACUUAUUGGAAAAAAAUGUUUCUCAUGAAGAAAAUCUUAAGGAGACUCAUGAGCAUCUAUUAACUAAAAAUUCAAAAUCUAGUUCUGAAAAUAAGGAUUCACUAUGGAAUGUUUUGCCUCCUCUUGCAAUGGUAAAGGCAAGAUCUAGGAGCUAUGUGUUUGGCUGCAAGGGUCUGACUGGUUCUCUUUUAGGAAGUGAUGAAUUAAAUCGUUUCUUUCCUGAUAACCAAGUUACUAUUUUUGUUGGUACUUGGAAUAUGAAUGGUCAUGAUCCUCCUCGGAGCUUAGAUGACUUUUUACUUCCUCUGGCCAUAAACACAUUGCCUGAUAUCUAUGCAAUUGGUAUACAAGAGAGCAUGCAAUCAAGGUUAGAGUGGGAAGUUUUGCUUCAGACAACACUAGGACCCUCUCAUGUUCUGUUCACUUCCACUUCUCUGGGAGUGCUGCAUCUGUGCAUUUUUCUCAGGAGAGAUCUCAUUUGGUUCUGUUCUGAACCAGAAGAAUCAAGUGUUGCCACCAGACCAGGAACUAUGGUGAAAACAAAGGGUGCUGUAGCUAUAUGUUUCAUGUGUUUCGGCUCUUCUUUCUUGUUUGUGAAUUCUCAUCUGACAGCUCAUGAACAAAAACUCAAAGAAAGAUUGUCUGAUUAUGAAAAAAUUAUUUCUUCUUUGGAUUUGCCUAAAUCUAUUCCUUUAAAGAACCAUUUUCAUGAUAAAGAUGUGACUUCACGCUUUGAUUGCGUGUUUUGGUGCGGAGAUUUAAAUUUUCGAGUCAUGCAUGAUCGGCCAUCAGUUUUGUCAUUUGUAGAAGAAAAGGUGCGCAACGCUCGACCUUCCUGCAGUUUUCUAGUAAAACACGACCAAUUACAUAAAGCCAUGGAAGAAGGGCAGGCCUUCCAUGGCUUCAAAGAAAGUGUCAUUCAUUUCAUUCCUUCCUACAAGUUUGAUGUGGGAACAAGUACCUUCAACUCCUCAAAGCUUCGGGUGCCGUCUUACACAGAUCGCAUCUUGUAUCGUUGUAAAGAAAAAUCUUCAGUCUCUUGUCUUUAUUACAAUGCUGUUCCGGAUAUUUCAACAUCUGACCACAAACCUGUGUAUGCUGUUUUCAAAGUUAAACUCAGACCUGGAAGAGACAAUGUUCCAUUGGCUGCUGGAAUGUUCAAAAGAGAUGUAUAUUUAGAAGCAAUCAAGAGGCGCUCAAAUUUUUUAGAAGUACGUCAGAAUCAAGGACAAAGUGCGAUAUGCAGUGUAAUGUAAGGAGAUGAGUUCCAGAAGGAUGAAAAACAUGUUUUUGUCACUAGCAAGAGUAAAUGGAUUAGAAUAUCGGUUUUCUCAAUUAUAUUUUUCACUAUAAGUUCUAUUUUGGGAUUUGUUUUACUUCCUGUGUGAAUCAGAUUAUAUUUACUCAAAUGCCAUAGAUGUUCUAUGGGAUAUUUUUGUAUGGUGAGCUUAUGAGCUUGAGUGUAUAUGAAUACAAUUUCAGUAAGAUUAAAUACUCAAGCGAAAUGUGAUGAAUUGAAGUGUUUAGGAAGUAAUUCUUCUAUAGAAUUAAUUCUGCAAUAGUUGAGUGAUUGUCCAUUUUGGUUGGCAGCAAUUAUACCAAAAAAAAAAAAAAAAUGAUGCAAUCAGCUGAAUAUCAAUUUUCAAAGUUUAAAUCAACUUUGAAAAGGUUUGAACUAUGAAACAAGUUACUCUUAAAAUAUGAUUAUUUGAAAGGAAUCAAACUAAGAAUUUUAUGAAUGUAUAAUUCCCCUUUAUGAUUUUUAUAUGUAGAGAUAUAUAUUAAGUAAUAUUUUCAAAUUAAGACUGCCUACCUAAUGCUUACUUAAAUAAUAAUAAUAAUAAUAAAGAAUAGUUUUUAGGCCACUAGUUUAUUUAUUAAAGCCAGUAAUAUGGUAAAACUCCAAGCACUGUCAGUAAAGAAAACUAUUCAUAUAGUAGCACAGUCCUGUUAUUUUUCUAUAUUCUAGAAGUAGAUAAAUGUUUGGAUAUUGUAUAUUUUUAAUGCUCAUUUAUGUUGUCGAAUUAUGAUGAUAUAACAAGCAUCUGCAUUAGUGAUAAAUAUAGAUUAAAAUGUCAUGUUAAUUAAUAUUUUUUGAAGAAAUAAGUCGCCAUUCAGCAAUUUUUAUGAUAGCAAAUGUCAUAUUCCAUGAUCAUUUAGCUAUAAAAUCGUCAUAUAUUGUCAGUGGCUAUCAGGAAGAUUAUUUUUAGAUUUAUAUUGAAGUGUUACUUAUGGGUUAGUGUAAUGCACUUUAAUGUGAUAAUUAAGCUUUCAAACACUAACCUUGAUAAGAUAUUGCUAUUGAUUAACGCAGCACAUAUUAUAACGUUGUAAUAGGAUUUUGUUGUAUAAAAUAAAUAUGUUACAUACUAUCCGUCCAGCAAAAUAUUCAUACUUAUAUUGAUACAAAUUCAUGAAAUCUACAUUUCACAAAUUGCCUUUUUAAGAUUUAAAACUUUUUUCUACCGGGGGAAAAAAUUCUACAGGAAUGUUGGUUUGGAUAAAAAUUUCUAAUUUUACUGACAAAAUAACCUUUCUAAUAAAAUUGAAUUCCAAAAGUCCUCCUUAAUUCAUUUUUAAAAAAUAAAAUUAAGAAUUUUAAUUUUUUGACAAAUUUUUAAUAAAUACAUAUAUUGACAAGCAUCUGAAGCAUUUUAAAAUUUCUUUUUAUUGUAUGCAAACUGGUCAUGAAUACUAAAUGAAAACUGUCAAUAUGAAAUGUUUAUUAGUAUCUUCUUCUAUAUCUUUUACCCUGAUGUUAAGGAGCUGACUUAGAAUUGCACAAAAUAUCUCAAAGCUGUUACUGGCCCCACCUCAGAAAAAGUGCCUUGUAACUGACAUUUUUUUUUUUGUGCUCUGUAUUAGAUGUUUAAUUUGCUAAAUCUAGUCAUAUUUGGAAGAGUUUAGAGUAAAUCAAUAAAAUUAUUUAUAUAGGAACAUGCACUCUUAUUCCAGUUAUCUUUAAAGGAAUGUUUUAGAUGUUUUGCAUGUAAAAUGUGCCGAAUAAGGCUGUAAUCCGGCAAUCAAGAAAACCUUUCUCUUUGGCAGAAUGGCUCCAAAGGUAGAUGAUUUUGGCUGCCAAGACUGUAUAUCAAAUUAUAUUUUUCUAACUUAUUUCAUUUUUAAGUUAAAUUGUCAUAACUUCCUCUCAAUUAUUCUAGUGUUAAAAUCACAUGCAUGUAGAUGGGCAGGUAUAUUUCCCAAUAAAUGGAUUUUACAGAAUCAGAUAUUUUGAUAAAGAUGUGAAUAUAUAAUAUGUUCACAAUAAAUGUUCACAAAUAAAUAAAUACGAAAAUGUGCAACCUCAUGUGCUCUUUCAGUUUUUCUUAUAUAUUUUAUUGUGUAGGAAACUUCUGAGGCAUGCAUGUUUUUUUUUUGGGGGGGGGGAUUGAUUUUUUAAUUUGAAUGAUUGAUUUAUUGCUGAUUUAAAUAAGAUAUAAUGAAAAAAGUAAUUAAAACAAUACGUUUUGAGAAGACAUAAGUGAGUGCAAUUUUGCUUAUCCUCAUAUGCAUAAUUUGGAGCUCUUUCUCAUACAAUAACAGAUUUUUAACACUCUCAAUGUUUUGUUCUGUAUUUGGAUCAGAUUAUCAAAUCCAUUAAGGAAUUAUUCAUUUUUUUUUAUUUGCUAAAAAAACCCAUUCAUAACUAUUAUUAUUCUAAAAAUCAACUUUUUUCUUUGUUUAUGAUUCUAAAUGAAAGUCUAGGUCCUUUUUUCAUUUUUAUAUUAAAGAUAAAACUAAUUUUUUCUAAAAUUAUGAAAAAAAAAGAAAAAAAAAAGAUUUUUUUAGAUUUUGAAUAUCAAUCCGAUAUAUUCAAGAUUCAAGCAAAUUAUAAUGACAAAAAUUUCACUGUAUUUAUAAAUU